AUGUCAAAUGCCCCUAGAAGAGUUGGGCCAGAUUUCUUUGGCUAUUAUUCAUCUGAAGUAGUAAAUCUGUUGUCCCGAGAUGAGAAUGUUUUGCCUGUCACUACCCAAUUAUCUGAGCUACCACAGAAUAAAUGUGGUGAGGGUGGAAAGAACCUUGUUAAUCACAGUUAUACUCUUUCUGGUCCUUUAUAUAACAAUGGUGUUGGAGAUGGGCUCUCGGACUUUGAAAAGGAUAGAUUAAAGUCACUGCUCAGACAGAGCGCAUUUACUCUUUCCUCAGAAGUUGAUGAGGUGGUGGACCCUGUUUUCACUAUGUACCAUUUGCAAUCUGGGCUAAGAAGUAAAACACAUUCCUUGAAUAUUGCAACCACGACAUCUGAUGAUUCACCGCAAAUUCCUUCUAAAAAGCAAAAAGUAACCUCACCUUCGUCUUCAGCUAGGCCCGGUCUUGCACAAAAUAGCGAUGUCAAUUCCCAAAGCAGUAUGAAGAUGAGGAAUGAUCUUCAGUUCCUGUUGGAGAAUGGUAGUGUGGAGGUUGAUGAAAUGGUGAAGAAAUAUUCGGAUGAACUCUCUGGAACACUAGGGUAUAUGGAACAAAAACUUGAGUUACUUCUUGACGCAGUUAUGUCAAAGUGCAGGCCAAUGGCCCUUGUUGAAAUACAGCAGCUACAGAGAUUAAUUCAGAGGCUACCUGCAGAAAACCUUGACCGCGUGGUGGAGAUAAUUUGUCGAAGUAGGCCAGUAGAAGAACAAAGUUGUGACAAAAUAUUUGUUGAUUUGCAAAAAGAGGAUAAUGCUACAUUGUGGAGACUUUAUUACUAUGUUGAAGCUGUUGAGAAAGCCAAAAGUCUUUCUUGUAGGGAAGAGCUGAAAGAGAUGCAGAUCUGA